GUUAAGUACCCAUGAAUAUUCAGUUAUCAGUAAUUCUAACUACCUUGAUAUUCUUUAUUCAAUGCAUUCAGUCAUUAUCUUACAAGAAUGAGAAUGCCUAUUAUGUGGUACGUUCACCAAAAACUGAGAAACGAACACAUACAGAAGACGAAAGUCUAGUUCAUUAUAAAGAAAAAACGAAAAUCGAUACAGUAGCCAAAACUGCUGUUAAAACAAACAAUGGCACAUCAUCACCGUCAUCAAAGCCGUAUACUGGUUAUUAUAAACCAUCUAACAAUAAACCGAACGUUACAACAAGUUCAGAAAGCCUAUAUCAGGAUAAAAAUACAGUGAAAUACGAAAAGGCUAUUAAAAAUCGUCGGGAAAUUAGUGAAGUUAUAAAGUAUAUACCAAAGAAUAAUAAUGGCUAUACACCGAACUCAAAUAAGCCUACUAAUAAUAACAACAAAAAGAACAAUAAUAAUAAUUAUAGAAAUGCCAACAGCAAUAGUAAUGGUAAUAAUGGCAAUUACGUAACCGACGAUUAUAAUGAUUAUAAUUACGACUACAACGUUAACUAUGAACCUUAUUUUUAUGAAAACAACGGAUACAACAAUAACAACAAUGAAAAUUACGACACCAGUUACAACUACAAUGAAGAUUAUGGCGAAUAUACACCUGGUAGCCACAAGCGUAAUAAUUACGACGACGACGGCGACUAUCACAAUUAUGAUGAUAAUUACAAUUACGAAAAUAAUAACGGACAGUAUAAUCGCUACAGAUACAAUGGCAACAGUAAUAAUAACAAUACUUCUCAUUAUAACUUCAAGCCUUAUAACCGUAAUAACCAAAGGGGUAACAGACACGGUCACCGUCCUAAGCGCAACAGAUUUGGAAAGUUUAAAAAUGGGCCUAAAUUUAACAGUUAUCACUACUAUCCUACUGAUUACUAUGACAGUGAUAAUGGUUACUACAAUAGUAAUAACGACAAUUACUUUAAUGAAAAUAAUAAUGAUAAUAACGGCUAUGGCACUAGAUACACUGAAGGUGACAAUUAUGAAUAUAGUGCAAAGAAUAAUUAUGACUAUGAGGAGAAUCAUUAUAGCAUAAAUGGUCGUAAUCAUAACAACAAUGCAAAACACCAACACAGAGGUAACAAUGGUAAGUUCAAUCGACCCAAUGGUCAACUUCGUGGUCGUAAUUUGCACAGCGGUAAUAAUAAUAAUAAUAAUAAUAAUCGCGCAUAUAAGGCUGACAGUUAUCAGACUUACAGACAGGAUAAUAAACCAAGAAAAGAUAAUCGAAAGAAGAAUGAAAAUCAAAAUUAUAUAGAAAAUAAACCUAAAGAAAAUUAUUCUAACGACAAUAAUAAUGACAAUAGUAAUAAUUAUGGUGGAUACACGAAAGAUGAAGAAGGCAAAGAACAAAAAUAUGGGGAUGAAAAAGACAAGGGCGAAGAUGAAAUACCUGGUCUAGGAAAUCAGAACAACUUCAUGCCACCAGGAGGCGAUGGUUAUUUCGGAGGUAUGAUGGGAAUGAUGAAUAUGGGUAGUUCAAGCUUGGGAUUUUAA